AUUGAAGAUCUGAAGAAGAUAAACCAUGAGCUAAGGCAACAUGUAAUUCAGUUGCUUGGUAAGGAGCAAGUGGUUGGAAGUCAAGUGGCUAAGUUCUCCUGUGAAAAUGAUCAUCUGUGUAAACAACUUGCUGUAAUUGGCAAACUAUCUGAGCAGCUGGAAAAAGAAUUGCUAUUGAAUACUGCUGAUAAGGAGCUUGAGGAAGCAAAGAUUAAAAUUCGACACCAGCAGAACAAGAUAAAGAAGCUGGAACACACGGUAAAAACACUAAAAUCUGUUAUUUUACAAACAGAAGCUGAAACAAAGCAAGGGAAGUCACCUUCAAGGCUUGAUACCUUUAUUAAGACAUUGGAAGAGGACAGAGACUACUAUAAAAGUGAGACUGAGAAUUUGCUGAAGGUAUUUAGAAACGCGUUUUCAAAUCCUAAGCGAACUUCUACUUGUGGCAUGAGUUCUGAUCCAGAAGUUUUGAAAAUAUUGAGAGAACGUGAAGAACUUAAGUCAACACUGAAAAAAUAUGAGCGCCAUGUGGCAGAAAUUCAGGGUAACUUAAAAGUUUUAACAGCUGAGAGAGACAAAACAGUCAAUCUUUAUGAACAGGCACAGGAAGAGAUUUCCCGACUUCAUCAGGAAGUUAUCAAAUACCCCAGGACUCCUAAAAGUAUUGUGACAGCUCAAGCUAUGUUAAAACAUGUGGAGACAGAAAGGGAUAUAGCACUGUCGGAUUUCCGAAGGAUGACUACAGAACGUGAUAGCCUCAGGGAGCAGUUAAAGAUUUCCCGAGAGACUGCGUUUAAUGAAAAGGCUCAUUUGGAACAGAGGAUUGAAGAUCUAGAAGCUACUAUUCGAAAUUUAGACUGUGAACGACUAGAACAGAUGUCCAAAGUGGCACUAAUGAAAGACACCAUUGAUUCUCUGGAGACUGAGAUUAAAAGAUUGGAAAGAAGAGUACUGGACUCUGAAACUGAGCUGAGCCGACGGGAAGCUGAUUAUGUUUCACUUAGUUUAUUGAAUGAAAGGACAGAAGAGAGUCUUUCAGAGGCUCAGCAAAGCCUUGUUAAGAAAAAAUAUGAAAUGCAACUUACCCAAGAGAAAAUCAUGCUUUUGGAUGAAAAAAUUGAUAACUUUUCAAGACAAAGUCUUGCACAACAAGAGGAAAUCUGUAAUUUGAAAGAAACAAUUGCACAGCUUGAUAAAGAGAAGGCGUAUUUGCAAGACUGUGUAGAAGAAGGAAGAGAGAAGAUUGCUGUUCUCGAGGAAAGCCUGGAAAUUAAAGAGAAAAUAAUUUCAGAUUUCAAGAUUCUGACUUCUGAGUUGGAACAUACCACAAAAAAAUCUGCUGAAGCACUCUGUAUCUGUGAGAAAGAUAUCGCCAGUUUGCAUCAACAGCUACAAGAAACCAACAAAGAACUUGCACAGGCUAACAAGAACAGAGAAUCAUUAGCUCAGGAGAAUGAGAGGUUACAAGAGCAUCUUUCUAAUAUUAGGCAAGAAAAUCAGGUACUAUAUAAAAACCUAACAAAAUACCAAAAUGAGCUUGAUGGUAUGAAGUUGGAAGCCCAGGAUCUGAAUACAGAUAUUGUCAGGCUGGAGGGUGUACUGAAGUCUAAAGAGACAGAGAACUGUGAGCUUUUGGAGAAUUACCACAAAGCCCGUGAACAAGGAGAAAGCUGGGAAGCAAAAUUCCAUCAAGCAGAAGCAGAUUGUAGCUCUGUUAGACUGGCACUGAUCAGUGCAGAGUCCGAGAACCGCAAGUUGAAAGAGAAAAUGGAGUCCCUUGAAACAGAGGUGGAGCGACAUUUAACAACAGAAGCAGAAUAUGAGUCUCAAAUUUCUGCCUUAAGAAAGUCUCUUGUGAAAAUGGAAGGAGAGCUUCAAAACAUGCAUCAGGAAAAAGUCUCUAUACUUGCAAAGCUCGCAUCUACGCAAAAACUUUGUGUUAAACUCCAUGCAGUCAAUGAACAAUUAAAUCAGCAGUUAACUUCCACAGCAGAGAAGAUAGAAAGGCUGCAGAGCAAGUAUGAGUCAUCCCAUUCUGAAAUAGAGCUGCUGAGAAAACAACUGGGAAAUGAUAGAGCAUCUAUGAAAAACCUGGAAUCUUUGCUUGUGUCCAGUCAUGAGAAAGAAUUUCAGUCACAGAUAGCAAAGCAAGAAAAAGACUCUGAAAUUCAGCUUCUCAAGGAACAGCUUUCUUUAGCAGAAAAUAAACUAGCUGUGCAGAGUCGAGAUUUUACUCAGCUCAGAAACAGAGCAGCUCAGCUAGAGUCAGAACUGGAUAUCACCAUAAGACAGCUGGGGACUGAGCGCUUUGAAAGGGAACGUGCUGUACAGGAGCUUAGAUGCCACAACCGUACAAUCUCUUAUCAGUUAAGCUCUACAUUAAGAACAUCAUCACCUGAACGUCAUCGAUCUCCUGAUUGGUCUCCAGACUGGUCCCUGGAAGG